AGCCAACCCAUCAUGAAGGUUCUCUGUGUGAUCUACCUUGGAUGCAUGCUUCUCCUUUCUGUUAGCAGUUCAGCUGACAGUGACGAGGUACAAGCAGAUGUUGUCGAGAAUAGAUCCGAAGAUGUCAGUCUCCUCCAGCUCCUGGCAGACAGCAAAAAGACACAACAAGGGGCUUCCAAGAGAGUUGUGGACCUCAUUCGUGAUCUACAAACACUUACAGAAGAAAAAGAUCUUGUUCCAGAGGAGCCAGACGACGGAAUUACCGAGACGAAAGGUUGUGAAGACCAUGAGGAUGGCGACCAGUGGGGCACGCCGGCGCCUGAGCAUGAGAACUGUUACUGCCAAGGACAGGACCGUUUCUGCUACCAUGUGGACUGCCUUUCCGGUACUAAAGCUGUCCGUAACUCCGAUGGGCUCUGGAGCUGUCCUGGUGGCUUCUCAACAGGAAAUGCUGUUGACGAAGAAAAUGCUCUUGACCUCAGGGGAGCGCAAGAAGCGGCUGAUGAUCUUCUUUCCGCAGAAGAGGAAAAGUCUCUCAUCCGUGGGAUGGAUGACAACGGACUUACCAAGAAGAAAGGCUGUCAAAACCAUCAGGUUGGAGACCAGUGGGGCACGCCAGAGCAUGACAACUGCAUCUGUGAAGGUUCGGACCGCGCCUGCUACCAUGUGGACUGCCUCUCUGGUUCCAAGAUUGUCGGUGACUCCGUUGGUCCAUGGAAGUGUGAAGUCGAUGUCUCCACAAGAGGCAUAACAGGAUCAGCUCUACCGGUGAAAGAAAGUGAAAAGAGAAUAGCUGCCCUCGCAGCAUUCGGAGUUUUUUCAGGCGUAGUGGGGAUUGUCAACUUCAUUUGGAGCCGCGUGGGGGCUGCAAAGACAACGGCAAAGCUGAACGAAAUCCAAGACCAGAUUCGAGCCCUGGACAGGAAGGUGGACGAGUUGACACAAAGCGUCAGCGAUCUACAACUGGGGCAACAGUACCUUCAACAAGUCAUCCUGUAUGGCAGGGAUGAGCUGCGACUGAGGAACAUGCUGGACACGCUUGCCAGGAUGCAAGUCAGUGACGGCACGUACACCGGGACCCAGGACAUCGCAGGGUGGGCAGACAGUGUGCUGAGUCAUGGCUCAGAUGGAGUCCAACAGGCAUUGUACAAUCUGUUGGACAUGGUGAAUCCACAGUCAGCGCUCUUCGGUGGGAAAUCUCUGAACAAGCACGAUGACCCAGAUGUAUCUAUGCCACAGAAAGUCACUCAGGUCUACGCGCUGAUUGGAGGUGGGUACGCUGUCUGGAUGGCUGCUCUGCGGAUCAAGGGGCGUACAAGUGAGAUUGAAACCAAGGCACAAGAGGGGCAACAGAAACUGAAGAGUUUGGAACCAACCCUGGAGAAGUACUUACGAUAUGGAAACUGCCCCUCCGGGUAUCAACUGAAGACCAGGGCGUGCUACAAAGCAUUCAGCAGCUUGAAGACUUGGACCGAUGCUGAUGCCUACUGCCGCAACCAGGGACGAGGCGGGAUGUUGGCAAUGGCAAAAGACAGCGACAUCAACAGCUUCCUCAUCAGCCUGAAGGAUGCUGCAAGCAGCUCAUGGGGGUUCUGGUUUGGGCUGAAUGAUAGGGUAAAUGAAGGUAGUUGGAAAUGGCCAGAUGGUACCUCUCUGGGGUCCUACAAAUACUGGUCACCGAUCGAGCCAAACAGUGGGGGUAAGGAUUGGUUGGGACGAUACAUUAGUAACGAAGAUUGUGUGGAGUUUUUCAGGACCGGGUGGGGCAGCAAAUGGAACGAUGCUGACUGUGGCAAGACAAAAUACUUCCUCUGCCAACAGACACCGGAAGGAGUCGGAGUCUGAAGAUUCAGCGAAUCAGAUUGUUGAGACAAGACUGUUACUGUAAAUGCAGAAACUUUCGCGGUGGUUUUAUGUUCGCGGUUUUUGCGGUGGUCGCUUCACCACGAACUCAAAACCACCGUAAACAUUCUCCUCCUGUCUUCUACUUACUUUCACCCCCUUCUCGGUUCUUGUACGUACUUUACAUUGAAAAAGCAUUCUAAUGAUGAAAUAUUUGAGGUACUUUCUACGAUCAAGACACACGAAUCCUUACAAUACACAUUUUUCUUUAGUUCGCAUUGAAGAUGAUAGAAAAGUAGUAACUGUACUGCGUAUUCAAAAAGCAAAUACGGUUAGAUCAGUGACAGGUGAUCAGGACAGCACUGUCAAAGUCAUAAGUGGACUGUUCUGUCCGUUUGUUGCUGCCUUGCCGAGUAACCAGUAAGUGGUUUCCGACUGGCAGUUCGUAGAGGCGCCGGGUUUCCUAUUACAGUAUGUGACUACAGUACAGUACUGUACUGUAAAUUUAUUUUUUUCGUGCGAUGACGCCACCGUGAACUCAAAACCACCGCGAACACUCCAUUUUUCCUUCUUGAGUUUCUGAAAGUAAAGAAAUCCCAAGAUUGGUGAUUUUGUCAAAAAGGUAGCUAGAUUCUUCACGGAUAUCUGGAUAGGAUAAAUUCAUGUAGGUCAAAGAGAACAAAUAACAGUUGACUUUAGUUUUAUAAUAAUUGCAUGUCAUUAUCACUUUUUCGGGAAUAAGUACCCAUUUUCCUUCUGAAAGCUCUUAAUAUCAUUCGGAAAUGUACGAAACACUCUCAUUGUAAGCGAGUUUUCCCGAGUUUCUAGAAGGCUACAAUUUUACAUAAUGGUGAUUUUGUCAAAGAGGUAGACUCUGUGCCAAUAGGAUAUGUUUAUGUAGGUCAAAGAGAGCAUAUGAUAGUUAACUUUAGUUUCAUUGCAUCAUCACUUAUUCAGAAACAAGCACACCAGGGUUUUAGCCAGCCUGAAAUCAUUUCAGUCCCCUCGAUUUUAAAUGGGAAUCCUAUCGAGCACCGAAGGCAUGGCGUGACAUUGCACAAUAUUUCUAGUGGGUCUGGGUCCGAGAAAAUUUUGAAAUCUAGACCCUCUGAAACACUAUUUCCUGCAUUUUGAGGUGCAAAUUUUGCUGGUAGACCAAG